GUGUGCUGUAAGACACCUUUAGCGCGCUCUAGUUGAAAAGGAUCGCGGUCAUUCCUGAAUACGGGAUGAACAGAUAAUGAGAAACCCCUUGUCAGCAACAGAUGCUUCAGCUGCCAGGUUUGCCCUUCAUCAUCAACAUGUCUAUUGUGGGAAACAGUUGUAAGAAAUCAAUGGUUAAUACAGUAUGCACUUUCUGCAGAUCAAUCCAUUACAGGCAUCUCUAUUGCUCGCCUAAUGCUGUGUUGCUUAGGAAAAUACUACCAAAGUUAAAUGGAUCCACAGGUUCAUUACCAUUGUCAACAUCGUCUGUCAGAAAACACUUGCCCAGUGAUGGCAGUGCAAGUUCCAAACAAGUGGAAUCGUAUUCAUCAUCAUCAUUAUCAUCGUCAUCAUCACCAUCAUCAUCGACACCAGCUGAUUCGCCAUCAGACUCCUCCCAAUUGAGAAUGAAUGCAAUCAACAUUCAGAUGCUUUCAAAAGAGCUUCAUCAACAGAUAUUCAACUUCCAGCGCAGGAAGGCUUCAAGCAGGUCAAAGGCCAAAGAGGUUGCGGAAUCCAUUGAUGAUGAGCUCUUGGAGAAAACCAAGCAACAUCUUCAGAAGCAUGGGCUGUGGGGAAAAGAAGGUUCCGUCUUACCGGAUGUUGAUUUCAAACUUCCAAGGCUCUUUGGUAGUAGCAUUGAUGAGCAUUUCCAGAUUCUUGCCAACAAGCAAAGUGUUUCCUACCUUGACAUGGCUCAGGAACUUGCAGAAACACUCCCCCCUCCCAUGCCUGAAGACUGGAUUUUCAAAGAAGGAUGGACAAAGUAUGUUGAAAAUGAGACACCUGUUCCUGUUGAUUUUCCAGAAGACCAAAGUCUUGUCUUUGAUAUGGAGUGUUGCGUUGCUGAAGGCAAUUAUCCUACGUUGGCUGUAGCAGUUUCAACAAGUGCAUGGUAUUCAUGGUGUAGUCCUCGACUGAUUGAAGAUCAUCUUUCCCUAUCUCAGAAGAUGACCCUGCCAGAUCUCAUUCCUUUAGAGACCAAGAAAGGCUCCAUUAAACCACCCAGUAAGAAAUGGACAGAGAGAUUGAUAGUUGGACAUAAUGUCAGCUUUGACAGAAGCUUUAUCAAAGAACAGUAUCUCUUGCAGGGUACAAAGACUCGUUUCCUGGACACUCUGAGCCUUCAUAUGUGUGUAUCAGGUCAGACGACCCUCCAGAGGGCGCUGUGGCAGGUCAAUGAAAGAGGGGGAGGGCGUACUGCUGCACCCUGGAUCCAGAAAAAGCACAAUAAGAAAUCCUUUGGGACUCCAGCCACUGCAUGGUUAGCAGAAAGCAGUCCUAACAAUCUAGCUGAUGUAUACAGACUGUAUAAUGAAGAUGGCAGCCUACUUGAUAAGAGCAAGAGGGACACCUUUGUCACUGGGAGCAUGACUGAUAUUCGAUCAGACUUUCAGUCUCUAAUGACAUACUGUGCUCAAGAUGUUGCUGCAACACACCAGAUUAUCAGCAAGCUUCUUCCUAUGUUUCUUGAAAGGUUCCCUCACCCUGUAACCUUUGCAGCCAUGUUAGAGAUGGGACAGGCUUACCUGCCUAUCAAUCAGAACUGGGACAGAUACCUGAGAGAUGCCCAGGAGACCUAUGACAACCUUCAACAAGAGAUGAAACAAUCAUUGAUGCACAUUGCUAAUGAUGCUUGCAACAUGCUACAUCAGGAUAAGUACCGUGAAGACCCAUGGCUCUGGGAAUUAGAUUGGUCAGUGGAUGAUUACAGGCUCAGGAAGACCAUCCCUCAAUCAGAAAGAACAAAGAAGAAAGAUAAACAGGAGGAAUGUUCCAAGGAGAAAGAAGUGAAAGAGGAAGAAAGUGAGGAAGAUGCAGAAGAGACUUGCGUUGCUGAUGUACUAAAGACGUCAGAAAGGAUUCCUAAAGUGAAUCAGCAUAUGACUGGAUAUCCUGUUUGGUUCCGAGAGCUAUGCCCCAAGAAGUCUCAUGCUGACUGGUCUCCUGGACCUUCUCUGAUCAGCUCACAGACUAGGAUCACUCCCAAGCUCCUGCGUCUUACGUGGGAUGGGUAUCCAUUACACUACACCAGUAAGCAUGGGUGGGGCUACUUGGUGCCUGGCAGACCAGAGAGUAAAUAUCAACCCAGAACUGACCCUGGACCCUCCUUCCCUUUAAAGAGUCUGCAAGACAUGAUGUCUUCCCAGACUGAUAAUGUUUCCAGGGAUGAUAUUGCUGAUGAAAUUACUGCAAAGGGAAUUACUUCCAAGACAUCAAGAUCACCUCCAAGCCAUAGUGGAAGACUUCCUGUCAAAGACAUCAACAUUCCAGGAUGCUGGUUCUACAAACUACCUCACAAGGAUGGAGCAGAGUUCAAUGUGGGUAAUCCCCUCGCUAAGGACUUCUUGAACAAGGUAGAGGAUGGAACCCUGGGAUCUGGGGGCGGGGCUCAGGCCAACAGGAUCCUGGAAAUCAACAAGUUCAUCUCAUUCUGGAGGAAUGCACAGAAGAGGAUUAGUUCUCAGAUGGUUGUAGGCCUUGAAAGAGGUGAUCUACCACUUUCAGUUCGGAGGAAUCCUGAUUAUGAUGAUGAUGGUUUCUACGGAGCUAUCAUUCCAAGGGUCAUCACUGCAGGAACGGUUACUAGGAGAGCUGUAGAACCAACAUGGUUGACUGCCAGUAAUGCUCGAACUGAUCGAGUAGGGAGUGAGUUGAAGUCCAUGGUCCAGUGUCCUCCAGGAUAUCAUUUUGUAGGUGCAGACGUUGACUCUCAAGAACUCUGGAUAGCAGCACUCCUUGGAGAUAAAACAUUUGCUGGUUUCCAUGGUUGUACAGCAUUUAGUUGGAUGAUGUUACAAGGGAAGAAGAGCGAAGGCACAGACAUGCAUAGUAUGACUGCUUCAACUGUUGGUAUCAGCAGAGAUCAUGCUAAGGUUAUCAACUAUGGUCGUAUCUAUGGAGCAGGAGAGAAGUUUGCCCUGAGGCUUUUAAUCCAGUUCAAUCACAGGCUAACUCAGGAUGAAGCUCGGCAGAAAGCAAGGGAUAUCUAUAUAGCAACCAAAGGAAGAAGACUGUGAGGGGAAACCCUGUGGGAAGGAGGAAGGUAAAUAAAGGCAGGCAGUGAGUCAGCCAUGUUUAACGGGUUGGAAGAGAUAGCACAGUCAGAGAAUCCUCAGACACCAGUCUUACAGUGCAGUAUCAGCAGAGCCCUUCAACCAGAUACAGUUAAUAAUGAGUUUUUAACGAGCCGAGUGAACUGGGUUGUACAGAGUUCAGCAGUGGACUACCUCCAUCUGAUGCUGGUGUGCAUGCGUUGGUUGUUUGAAAUGUACAACAUUGAUGGACGAUUCUGCAUUAGUAUCCAUGAUGAAGUGCGUUAUCUGGUUAAGAGUGAAGAUAGAUAUCGGGCAGCCUUGGCUCUGCAAAUCACCAAUCUCCUCACCAGAGCUGUCUUCGCUUAUAACAUGGGCAUGAAUGAUCUUCCGCAGUCUGUAGCAUUCUUCAGUGCUGUGGACAUUGAUACUGUAUUGAGGAAAGAAGUCACCAUGGAUUGUAAGACGCCAUCUAACCCUCAUGGGCUACACAAGGGAUAUGGUAUACCAAAAGGGGAGGCUUUGGACAUCUAUGAUAUCUUGAAGCUAACAAACAAUGGAUCUCUGACAAGAAUAUCAUCAACCAGCAACAAGAACCAAGAAACACACAGGGAUGGUAGACCACAUGCAGUCAAGGCAGCUGGCUGAACCUUUUCAUCAUAGAUAUAUUAACGGCUAAAGUUGGUCGUGGUACUCCUCAAAUUGGCAAUGCUACAUUGUGUCAUCACAGUUGAUAUAACUUUUA